GAUGGCAAUGCCAGGACCGGGGUGGUGACUCCCCCCCCGGGUCAGCCCCAUCGAGCCGGUGGCCACAGGGAGGGGGGAGAUGGCCAAGCGGCUGCUGGUGGCCUACGGGCUGUGGGCUCUGGGGGGGCCGCUGGGGCUGCACCACCUUUACCUGGGCCGGGACAGCCACGCUCUGCUCUGGAUGCUGACGCUGGGCGGGUUCGGUGCUGCCUGGCUCUGGGAUUUCUGGCACAUCCCCGGCUGGGUCGCCACCGCCAACGGGACCCAAGUGCCCGGGGACCGCGGGGGGACCCCGCCGGCCCUCAGCCCCCUGCGCCUGCUGGGGGAGGUGGCGGUGGGGACGUAUUUCGGGUUGGUGGCAGCGCUGGGGAUGCCCGGGGUGCCGGGGCUGCUGGCUCAGCCUCUGGCCGUGGGGCUGGGGGUGCAGUUGGUGGCUUCGGUGGGGGACCAGACGACGGAGGUGCCCAGCACCCUGGCCGCAUCCUUCCUCGCCUCCGUCCUCUUCCAGGGCCGGGUGCUGGCGGUGCUGCCCUCCAGCCUGGCCGCUUCCCUGGCCGCCCAGAGGCACCGGCGUUACAAACACCGGGAAACGUCCCGGCCCCGGCUGGCAGCCCGGCUCUACCACCUGGCCUUGGCUUGCUUGGUUUUCGCCACCCCCUUCGCCUGCCGCGGGCUCCGCGGUGCUGCCGGGGUGCUGGGGAUCCUCCUGUCCCUGCCCCGAGCUGCCACCGAGCUCCUGGUCCUGCCCCUCCGCGCCGGGUGGCUCCUGGCAGAGGGGCUGGGAAUGGCCGGAGGAUCCGGGGGCAGGGGGGGAGGAGAUGGAUUCGAGAGGAGCAGCCGGAGCGAGAGGCAGCAGUGGGCGUACGAGGUCCUGGGUCUCCCGUUGGGCUCCUCUCCCGAGGACGUGCACCGGAGCUACCGGGAGCUGGUGAAGCUUUGGCACCCGGACCACAACCGGGAGCGGGCAGAGGAGGCCGAGAGGCGUUUCAUCGAGCUGCAGGAAGCCUACGAGGAGCUGGUGGGGCCCAGGAGAGCGGCGGCAGCAGGGUGACAGCGAUGGUGACAGCGAUGGUGACAGUGAUGGUGACAGUGAUGGUGACACCGCCGGCAGCCCACGCAGUGCUGGGAGCCAGAGCCACGGGGGGGUUGUUUGGAAACACGAGGAUUUCCCUCUC